AUGCCCUUCAUUCACUUGUGCCCACGUCACACCCGUUACGUUACGACCCCCUUCCCUCCCACCGCCUCCCUUUACGACCGUCCGAAGGGGAUAUCCCAUCACACGUUUGAUCCCGGUUUAGGAUCAUCUCCAUGCACUAAAAACGUGACCGAACACAAGCAAGAAUCGGAAGGAGAGCGUCUGAAAACUUGGAGCAAAUAUACUGUACCCAAAUCUACAAAGCAAAGGAUUAGAAAGUUUGAUGUAUUGACUCUUUGGUCGAAUUCCUCGUCGCACUUUUCCUGUCCGUGUUGCAAAGUGUAG